UUAUUGUAAUUUUAAUAUUAAAGUUUUGAAGUAUUGUUUCAAUUUUAAUUCCUAUUUUUUUAUAGGCAAUAAAUCGACCAUCAGCUCUUCCUGCUCCAAAUAAAGGAUCAGUCCGUUCACGUCAAACAUGUGCUCGCUCACAACUUCAAAAUGGCCAUAUUGAUAAUUAUCAAGCACCAAUGCCACCACCACCUGUGCCACCACCAGCUCCAGCUCCAGUCCCUCCUGCUCAAUUACAACCAAUUCAAAAGCUUACUGCUGUUCCUGCAUCUCGAAGACGCUCCAAUGUAGUUAAAGAGGUUGAUAGGAUUAAGAAGCAGAGAGAAGAAAGACGAGCAAGGCAAGCAGAAAAGAAGGCUGAACAAUUAGAAUUAAUGAAUUUAGAUCCUGGAAAUCCAAACUGGGAAUUUCUUGGAAUGAUAAGAGAUUAUCGUGCACAGAUAGAACACAGGCCUUUAACUCUUAGUGAUCCAGUUCAAGUACAGCAAAUAUGUGUAGCCGUAAGAAAAAGACCUUUAAAUAAAAAAGAGCUUACAAGAAAAGAAGUUGAUGUUAUUACAGUUGCUAAUAAAGAACAUAUUAUUGUUCAUGAACCAAAAUUAAAAGUAGAUCUAACAAAAUAUUUAGAGAAUCAGUUAUUUCGUUUUGAUUAUGCAUUUGAUGAUAAUGCUGAUAAUGAAUUAGUAUAUAAAUUCACUGCAAAACCAUUAGUGCAGACAAUAUUUGAAGGAGGAAUGGCUACUUGCUUUGCAUAUGGUCAAACAGGAAGUGGUAAAACCCAUACUAUGGGUGGUGAUUUUAUGGGAAAAUCUCAAGAUUGCAGUAAAGGAAUUUAUGCAUUAGCAACUAAAGAUGUCUUCAAGCUACUAAAAUCACCUCAAUAUAGAAAUGAAGAUUUAAUAAUUACAUCUAGCUUCUUUGAGAUUUAUAGUGGGAAAGUAUUUGACCUGUUAAAUAACAAAGCAAAAUUAAGAGUUUUGGAAGAUGGAAAACAGCAAGUCCAAGUGAUUGGAUUACAAGAGAGAGUUGUAGAAUCUGUAGAGGAUGUUUUGAAACUUAUUCAGCAUGGUAAUAAUGUAAGGACUUCGGGACAAACAUCAGCAAACCAGCAUUCAUCAAGAUCCCAUGCAGUUUUUCAAAUUAUUUUGAAAAAAAGGCUUACUGGAAGAUUACAUGGCAAAUUUUCCCUCAUUGAUUUAGCUGGUAAUGAAAGAGGUGCAGACACUUCUAGUGCCAAUCGUCAAACACGAAUGGAAGGUGCUGAAAUUAAUAAAAGUCUUCUUGCUUUAAAAGAAUGUAUAAGAGCUCUGGGUCGCAAAGGUGCACAUCUUCCAUUUCGUGCAAGUAAAUUAACUCAAGUGCUAAGGGAUUCUUUUAUUGGAGAAAAUUCCAGAACAUGUAUGAUUGCUAUGAUUUCACCUGGAAUGAACUCCUGUGAACAUUCUUUGAAUACUUUAAGAUAUGCUGACAGAGUUAAAGAACUUGGUGCUGAGAAUCCUGAAAUGAAAUCCUCUCCUAAUGGUGAAGAGGACAUGAAUAUUCAAAAUGAUGAUCUUGCUCUCCUACGAUCAUCCAAUGAAGGUGAAUUAUCUGCUGAUAUGUACACAUUCCAUGAAGCAAUUUCUCACCUUCAGGAAGUUGAAGAAGAACUAUUAGACUUGCAUAAGAAUGUGAUUGAGUCAUCCCAGAAAUGGUUAGAUAUAGAUAGUAGUCUUCUUGCAAUGUCUAAUGAAGUUGAUUAUGAUGUUGAUGCUUAUGCUCAACAACUGGAAGAUGUUUUAGCUGAAAAAUUGGAAAUAUUAUCGAAAUUUAAAGAAAAAGUGACUUCGUUCAGGCAACAACUAGUAGAAGAAGAACAAAUAAGUAAAACAAUUAAGCGGCCACCCAAUAAGUAGUCGGCACAUAACUUUUCCAGUUGGUUUUUCUGCAGUUUACUCCAAGAUUUUUUGCCAACAGCAUGGUAAUCACCAACACCAACAAAUGAAUUAUAUAAUAAGGCAUUUGUGCAGUAUCUCUAUAAAAACUUUGUUGUGGAGAUAUUUAAUUAAUGUGUGCCUCAUAAGAAUGUAAAUAGCAAACUCUUCUUAUUUAGAAGAGCAUAUAUGAACUCUCAGAAUGGCUUCUUCCUUUUACAAGUUUAUAUUUUGAAGUUAAAUUGUGAAUUUCUCAUAGAAUGUACAGUGUCAAAAAGUGUGUAUGAGUGUACAGCUUAAGGGGGGAAAAUAUAUAUUAUUAUAUAUUUUUUUCUUUCAAAUAGUAAGUCAUUUCUGCAUUUUUCAAGAUGCUAGUGUUGUGAAAUUUUAGUUCUCAUGUUUGCUGACUGCUAAUCUCAUACAUAUAAAUUCACAUCAUUUAACAGCAAAGAACAAAUUUUUGAAACAACAAUUUUGUAAAUUUGAUAAGUUAUCUCAGUGACAGAUUUGGGCUACCAUCUAUAUAGUUUGUUGUUUUAAAUAAUAUAAUAACCAUAUUGGUCACAUUUGUUAGAAUUACAAUAUUUUAAUUUUUUAGAAAAUUUAAUACAAAAUGUGCCACAGCAAUAUCUACUUGUAUUUAUAAAAGAUGUUUUGUAUUUACUAUUUACAGUUCUUGAACCUCAGUCAAUAAUAGCUUUAAUAGUAAUAAUAAAUUCAGUUUGUCAUAUUUUGAAAAAUUUGCAUACAUAUUACUAGAAUAUGAAUACGGCAGCUAGCAAUAGUAGCUAGUAAAUAUGAGAAUUAUUUAUGUGCUGCUGUGCAGCAUCAUUAUAAAGUUAUCUAGAUAAAUAAAAAUUGACUUUAACAAAAAUUUAGUAUAUUCUAA